AUUACUCUCAUGGAAAAGGAGAGUCAACUGCUUCGGUACAUGGUAAAACCAUGGAUUUGCUGCAGAAGGAGCAUGAGCGGGCGUGGAAGCGCAUGAAAGCCGCCAAGAGUAUCAACGAUGUCCAAGCUACAAUCGACUUAUUGCAGAAAGCCCGAGACUCGAUAGCUGCUGAUCCCACCAAAGCUUCCAUCACACUCGCUAAGCUACAGAAUCCGGUCAAGGCGUCAUUCGAUGCGACCAACGAGAGUCUGAAAGAGACCCAUAGCAGUCUCAACAAGUAUACGAAAGCACUAGACAAGUUAUUCAAGGAUCGUCCCCUUCCUAGUACCGAAUAUGACGCCCUCUCAAAUUCACCCAGUCUCGUCAAUCGAGCCAUAGCCAUGCACCUACUCCGCGAAGGUCAAUUUUCAGUUGCAUCUACAUUCCUGGAUGAAAUAUCGCAGGCGAAGUCCCUGGCACAGCCCGAAUCUGAUGGAAGCUCGACCAGCAGCGAGGAUAGUGCGUCAUCGCUACUUGACCAGAUCCAAUCGGGCAGAAUCCGCGAAGAGUUCACUACAAUGUACCACAUACUGCACGAGCUUCGGGAAAAUUCGAACCUACUGCCGGCAAUCCAAUGGGCAAGGGACCAUAGAGCGCCCCUAGAGACCCGAGGAAGCAACCUAGAGUUUGAACUUUGUCGCCUUCAGUUCGUGUGGCUCUUCCAUGGCGGAAGGCAACCACAGUACCCGCCAAGUUCCUACGGUCGACGAGCUGCACUGGAAUAUGCGAGGCAGGAAUUCUCGUCUUUUAUUCCCCGGUACUUGAAGGAGAUUCAGCAACUAAUAGCUGCUAUGGCCUUCUGGCCAAAUCUUGAUGAAUCACCUUAUCGACAUAUUUUCAACAACCCAACCGCUUGGUCUGAAGUUGCUCAUUCAUUUACACGGGAAUUUUGCUCAUUACUUGGUCUGUCUGCAGACUCGCCCCUUUACAUUGCGGCGACCGCUGGCGCCAUUGCUCUUCCAACCCUGUUGAAACUGCAGACGAUCAUGAAGGCAAAGAGGACCGAGUGGACCACGCAGGACGAACUGCCGGUCGAAAUACCGUUACCUCGCUCGUAUCUAUUCCAUUCGAUUUUCGUGUGCCCCGUCUCCAAAGAACAGACUACAGAUCAAAACCCGCCGAUGAUGAUGCCAUGCGGCCACGUCAUUGCACUGGAAUCGCUUCAACGUAUCAGCAAGGGCAACAAGUUCAAAUGUCCUUAUUGUCCGAGCGAGAGCCAUCCGAAGAACGCUCGGAAAGUUAUAUUCUGAUGUACGUUAUAUUACGAAGACAGCAAUGGAACGGCGUAGAGGCGUUUUGGGUGAUUAUUUUCUACGAGUCAUGACCAGAAGGAACCCCGGCGUUGUCUUCUACUUUUUGGAUUCUAAAGUCUUUGAGAGAUCUCACGAUGUGUUUAUAGCAAUGAUCUUCUCUACUUGUGCAGACGAAUCAAGCAGGCUGUGUUCUGAAC